GAAUAAUAUAGACAAAUUUCGUUCCAUCUGGUUCAGCUUUCAAACAUAUAUUUUUAUUUCGCUCGAUCAUACUUUUUCUAUGGACCGUGGUCUUAAAGAGCUCAUAUGGAGGAAGAAUGUAACUGACGUGCCAUUUAAUUAUCUAUCACGAGUAUCACGUGACCCCACAAUCCAUGAGAAAGACAUACAAGACAACAAGCGUCACAUAGUGCGAGCUCGCCGACAUGGCGACCUCGAGCGCAACCUCGACGCAGACGUGUCAAGAUGACGUGGAGAAGCGCCCGUCGCGCUGUCGCUGGGGUACCUUGCCCGCUUCGUACAUUGGCCUGCAAGUGCUGCCCAUGCUGUACGAGGAACGAGAAAUUGCUCGAGCCCUGAGGAGCAUCUGAGCUCGCGAGCAUCGCCGAUGCACGAGCAGAAGCGUCGAGCCCGAAUCGCCGAUCGUCGCUCGAGGAUCAGGCGACUGACAGAGAGUCCUGGAAGUCGGCGGUGGAGCUCAAUCUGAUUCUGAUUUCGCAACAUUUGUGAUCGAGCGUAUCGUCAAUUUGCUGUCGGACUAGUUUCCAGUCGAUCGAGCGAGGAAAGGAAUCAUCGAUUGAAUGCUCGUUCGCUUCCAACUCAAUGGAGCCAGGAGCAGCUUACAGUGGUCGUUGCAUGUGGCGAUUUCUGAUCGAUCCAGCUCCCGGCAUGAGUUGCAAAUUCAUGCAGUUCCAUUAGGUAGCUCCUGCGGUCGGGUACAGACGCAGGGAACAACGAAGCGCAGCAAUCGGGGGAAGAGCUCGAUCUGCAGCAAAGGAUUGGCUGCGAGUUGGGGCCCAAGAUGGCAGAGACCAGUGCCAGGGAUUCAGCAGAGGAAGGAGGACGUAACGUAGGGAUUUGUGGCGAUGGAGGAGCUCGUGAAGCACCGGCAGCUGGAGGAAGCGGGUCGAUUCCACCGCCGACGAAUCCCUUGGUCACCCCUCUGCUGACAGAUAUGUACCAGGUGACGAUGGCCUACGCUUACUGGAAGGCCGGGAAGCAGAACGACCGAGCCGUCUUCGAUCUGCUGCACCGCAAGAAUCCCUUCGGUGGAGAGUACACGGUGUUCGCGGGGCUGGAGGAAUGCGUGCGCUUCGCAGCCAAUUUCCGCUUCACAGAUGCCGACAUCGAGUAUCUGAGGACGGUGAUGCCGCCGGUGUGCGAGGACGGGUUCUUCAGCUUCCUGAAGGCCGUGGACUGCUCGGAGGUCGACAUCCAUGCCAUCGCUGAAGGAUCCGUCUGCUUCCCUCGAGUGCCUCUGCUUCGCGUGGAGGGCCCUCUUCUGGUCGUGCAGCUGCUGGAGACCACGGUCCUGACGCUCGUCAAUUACGCUUCUCUCGUCGCCACCAAUGCUGCCAGGUUCAGAAAAGUGGCCGGCCACGACAAGCUGCUGCUGGAGUUCGGCCUGCGCAGAGCUCAGGGCCCCGAUGGAGGAAUCAGCGGGUCCAAGUACUGCUACCUGGGAGGGUUCGAUGCCACGAGCAAUUUGGAGGCGGGGCAGAGGUUCGGAAUCCCGGUGCGUGGCACUCACUCGCACGCCUUCGUGAGCUCGUACAUGAGCUUCGACGAGAUCAUCGACCGGAAAUUGCAGCGCAGUGAUGGCUCGAGCACCUGCGAGGAUUUCGUCCUCCUCACCAUGCAGUGCUUGAAGCGAAUGCAGGGCGCUCCAUCGCUGCAGCACUGGUUCGGAGAGACGAACCACAGCGAGCUGGCAGCCUUCACAUCCUACGCGCUGGCAUUUCCCACCGCCUUCCAGGCCCUGGUCGACACUUACGAUGUUCUGAAGAGCGGAGUUCCCAAUUUCUGUGCAGUCGCGCUCGCCCUGCACGAGCUGGGAUUCAAAGCCGUGGGCAUCCGUCUCGACUCGGGAGACCUGUCAUAUUUCUCGGUCGAGUCUCGGAAAUUCUUCAGAGCCGUCGAGAAGGAGUUCGGAGCGCAAGGAUUCGGGAACAUGGUCAUCACCGCCAGCAACGACAUCAACGAGGACACUCUCGAUGCGCUGAACAAACAGGGGCAUGAAAUCGAUGCGUAUGGAAUCGGCACGCAGCUGAUCACGUGCUACAAGCAGCCGGCGCUGGGCUGCGUGUACAAGCUGGUGGAAAUCAAUGGCCAGCCGAGGAUCAAGCUCUCGGAGGAUGUGACCAAGGUCACCAUCCCCUGUAAGAAGCAGUGCUACAGGCUGUAUGGAAAGGAGGGCUACGCGCUGGUGGAUUUGAUGGUGGGCGACGACGAGUCGCCACCUCGAGCAGGAGAACGCAUCCUCUGCCGCCACCCAUUCAGCGAAUCGAGAAGAGCAUUCGUCGUGCCCAGUCGCGUGGAGCCUCUGUACAAGUGCUACUGGAGUGGAUCGUCCGGAGCUCCCAGAGAGCCACUUCCGUCUCUGGAGGAGCUGAGGGAGCACUGCCGGAGAGAAUUGGAGGCCCAGCGCUCUGAUCAUGUGCGUGCUUUCAAUCCCACGCCUUACAAGGUCAGCGUCAGUGCCAAGUUGUACGACUUCAUCCACUUCCUGUGGCUCAACGAGGCUCCAGUUGGAGAACUUCAUUGAUCCUCGAUGAUUUGGUUGGGGUUGCAAAAUUGGGUGUCUGAUGGCACAGACUGGUGUACAUUCUUCGUGGGCUUUCGGUCCAAACUGCCACAGAUUCCAAGAUAUAUUGAAUGGGUCGGGAUUUACCUCAAGAUCAACAUCUUUCUGAGUCGUUCCAUGGACGAAGCUGGUGGGGACUUCCAAAGAAGAUUGCAGUUUCGUCGCCAGAAGGGACGAAUUAGCGAUUGAAAGCAGUAAGGUACACGGAGAUACGCAGGCGAUCGAAAACAUUGAUUCAGCUUCUAAUCACCGUCGCUCCAUCACCCUUCUCACGCUAUUCUCGCACGGCUUAUCUUUGCCUCCACCAAAGCAUGCACACAAACAUCGUGGAGCAGAAGUGGACGAAAGUGUUCAUCUAAAUUAAUCCGUGAACCACCGGAAAACUGUCAUCGCCUGUACGACUACCCCACGUAACCAUCUCGUUCGGAUCAUUCCUUUUCUCCUCGGGCUCUGUAGAUAUGCACCGACUCAUCAGGCAGACAUGAAACAUCUGGGCCUGUAUCAUCGUUGCACCUACGAAGAUAAUAUUUAUCCUCCUGUAGUGCGCGUAAUAUCCGCUCGACUCUCGGCGGCGAGUGUGGUGAGGUCUUUCAGAGGAAGAUGAUACUUAUUUCAGGCCAUGAGACCAUGACCAUUCCUCGGCAGCAGUGAGGAAAGUCUGGUCCUGGACAUCACAUGUUUAGCAUCACGCACAUGAAACUCGUAUGAGCGGAAGGUCGGAUGAUGACCAUUAAGAUCAUGGAUCGACUACUUCUGGAGUCUGGCAAGUAUCGUCCAAUUAUACAUUCCUAAUUUGUGAGUAGAACAGGAAGCUAAAGGUGAUGUGCAGACGUCACUGAACGACUGGAAUAACUAGGGACUGUAGAAUGGUUCCACACAGCGGAUAAGUUUGUUCUGAUUAGAAGGGAACGCAGAAGAAGCGGAGCACGAGCUCGUUCUUCUUCAGAAUACAAAGAACAGCAGGAACCUCCCGAUUCUCAUGAUCAGUGAAUAAUUGUCGUGUGGACUCCUUCCACGUUCGUACCUCCAUGCAAGGAGGCAAAAAAGCAGAAGUUUUCCACAGGUGGUCUUCACGGCCGUCGGUGAUGAUGAUACGUCCCUACCAGAGCCCCCGAGAAGCGCAUCAUCAGUCGACAACCAUUAAACAAAUCUACGACCUUUUCUCAGGUUUGGCAAGCUGGAGCCGUCAGGAAGGUAGGCCUUGAUUCCCUGAAGCGAAAAGAACAAAUUGCCGGUUUCGGAUAAGCUAAGCUGGGCCCUCUUGUAAAUAUGGCAAUCCAGUCUGUGCUCAAGUCCUCGUUACGAAUAUCUGAAUCUCGAUGUUCAUGAACGUGAAGAAGAAGGAGGAGGAGGAGGAGGAGGAGGAGCAAUCCAGUGACAGUGAGUAAGCAAGUUUCGAGAUCAAGUAGCAGUUCUCCAUUUGGAAUCAUUCUGUGGCACGUAAUGAUGCAAAACUGCAAGGUACGUGGAUAUAGACUCUUUAAAUCUUCUUGCCAUGGCCAUACAAGAAGUGGGCCCAAUGGCCGUCCACAACUCCCACCAACAAGGGACUGUGUUUCCGGGGGUGCAAUCGAGCAAAGCCUCAGAUAACAGACACGUGAUGAACUAAUGGUUUCCUCAGUAAUCAGUGACUCCUCCACGAACUCGAUGGCAACCAAUAGCACGAGGAACCAAUCGGUGAUGGGUGGAUGGGCUGAUGAUGUAGGAGGAGCAGAUUGUCGUAGAAAUUGUUCAAAACGAGGAUCACUGUGUUGCAAUGAGGCCAGUGAAAAAGAGUCAUUGUAGGAAGAGCAAUGAUUGUGAAGGCUGCGCGUCCUGUUCCAUUUCUGAUGUUUUAUGGAUAGAGCAGGAACUGCAGUGUAUACGUCAAUCUGCACUUCGAGCUGGUUCGCUGUAGCAUGACUCCGCGAGCAUAUUUCUCUACAUACACGGCCAUGUUCAGAUCGAAACCACGUCCUGUAUACAGUUUGACUCGGAUCGUGUCGCCAGAAUUCGGACAAACGUUCUUGAUACAAUCUGACGUUUGUAGGGUACAAUCAACUUGGGAAAUUUAGUCCUAAAAAUAUCUAUCACCAUCAUGCAACAGGACAGGAGACCCUUUUUAUUUCCACUCUGCUCGAGCAAUUUGUAAUUCAUGUGAUAGUAGGUGGCACGGCAGAAGCCGGAUCAAACGUGCCAACUCUUCACGUUGCGAAUGAAUGAAGUGGACCGAAGCUGAAGAUUUAAUGAUGGGAGCCAGACAAAUGCACUAGUCGGAGUCCGUGUGGGAGUAUCGUGAUCAGUGCAUGCGAGGCUCAGCAGAAAUCAUUUACGACACCGAGACAAUCGGAACUUCACCCUGAAGAUGUUCCCACAAUUUCCGUGAUCAUGUACUGGUGUGUGUUUCUUGGUGAAUCAAGUCUAGUUUGAAGGUCCCCAAGAAUACGGCUAGAAGAGGAUGACACGACGGUACGUACCUGAUCUGGAAUCCUGAGCUCAGCAGAUGUUGAGACGGGUUCUUCACAGUUCACGAGGCCCUUCUGCUCUGGCCCGACCAAAAAGCAAACGGUCAUGUUACAGUCUCUCACACGACCCAUCGUCCAAGAGGAAGAUAGAUGUGGGAGAUUGGUCACGGCAGCCACUGUUUUCCUCCCCCACCUCGACAUACAUUGUUCUGUUAUCGUAAUGCUUUUGUCUUCAUUGUUGAGGUCUGCAGCAAAACUGAACGAUUUUGGUUUUCCCCAACAGUUAAGAUGCAGAUUUCCAAUCACCCUUCGUGUGAGUUAUU